AUGUCCGCACUACCAUGGAAAGGGAGUGCAGUAGCUUCUGAGGGUAAAGACCCCUCAGUACCCGAUGGCAGAAUGGUCCAUAUAUGGGCCUUUGAAGUGACAACGACUCAAUUUUACUUCUGGUUUGAAGAUAAAGUUCACGAUAGUUGGAUUUUAGAAAGCUACGAAGAUUCUCACAUGGUGACCUGCCUCCAGAAGUGCAGAAAAGAUUCCAAUUGUACGGGACUUGCACUGGGUCCUAUUAGCAACGAAACAGAAGAUUAUUCGAGGACUUGUCAUACCCUCUGGGACAUUAACGAAGCUGAUUGUGAUGAAGGGGAAGCAUGUGAAUCUGAAGGAUUUCAAGUUUACCAUCUUUCGAAACCUUUAACUACUACAGCAGCAGCUCCUACAACUACAACAAAUGCCCCGACAACUACAACAGAAGUUACCAGCACUACUACGGAGGCUCUUACAACUACAACAGAAGCUACUACAACUACAACAACGAUUUCUACGACUACAACAAAUGCUCCUACAACUACAACAGAAGUUACUAGUACUACUACAGAAACCCCUAGCACUACUACAGAGGCUUCUACAACUACUACAACAAAACCUACCACUACAACGACAGAAGCUCCAACAACUACGGAACCCACCACAACUACAACAAAAGCAACUACAACUACUACUGAAGCUCCAACGACCACAACAGAAGCCCCUACAUCCACUACAGAAACUCCAACGACUACAACAAAAGCACCAACAACUACUACAGAAGCUCCAACAACUACUACAGCGGCUCCAACAACUACAACAGAAGUCCCUACCACUACAACAGAAGUCCCUACCACUACAACAGAGGCCACCACCACCACUACAGAAGCACCAACAACUACUACGAAGGCUCCAACAAGUACAACAACAGAAGUCCCUUCUACUACAACAGAGGCCACUACAACCACUACAGAAGUUCCUACAACUACGACAGAAGCACUUACAACCACAACGGAAGCACUUACAACCACAACGGAAGCAACUACAACGACCACAGAGGCUAUUGCAACUACAACAAUGAAAAUUUCAACAACUACUAAAUGUGGAGGAGAAUAUGGAGAAGAAUACUACUCUUCAUGUAAAAAUGACGAAUACGAAGAAAGUUGCAAAGGCCAGUCAAAGAGUAUCAUGUGUCAAACGGAUCGGAGCAAGUCACACGUAUACGCACUAACAGCGAACGCUCCUCUGUUUACUGAUAUAACAAUGGACGUGAAAUGCCAGAAAGAUUUCAUGAAUGAUGUAUUUAGAAUGGACAGUAGAAAAGAUUCCUACCGCCCAUUCGAUGGAUUGAUGCAAUGCCAGAAAAACCAAGUAAUCACAGGUAUCGAUGUAUGUUUCGAAGGGGAUUUGAAAUACGUUGCCAUCGAAUGCAACACAAUCUUCCAAAACAAAUACAAACUGGAGGGCAAAAUGGAAACAGCGGGUAACAGCGAGGCGGAUCUUUCGAAUGCCAACUGCCCAAAUAACAAAGCUAUGAUGACACUCAAGCUGAGUAAGAACGAAAAGGGCAAGAUAAAUGUUGAAAUUGGAUGUGAUAAAAUAAUAGCGAAAUAACUGGAACUCUGC